AUGGACAUGAGAGACGGUACCACUCUUGCGACCUACGACUACAACCGUGGCCGCAGCUACGAAGAUGAUAGAAACGCCUUUGCGUACUGUGGGGGGGACGACUCCCUGUUUUGGUACCAACUCGCCACUCGCUUUGCCGUGCUCUGCCAUACCGAUUGCCUCACUCGCGAACGCAGCAUCCCGCCUGCCGGCCGGUUUUGGGCCACGAUAUAUGCUUACGACCCUCCCCCAGCUGAGGUCAAGCGGUAUGAGCGGUGGCUUCACACACCAUAUGCUCUAUUUCUGCGUAGUAUUUCAGAACAGGGUCCUGUACCCCUUCCGUUCGAGAUUUGCGAGAUGAUCGCUCAGCAUUGUUGUGCUGUCGCAGCGCUCCGUCGGAACGCCGCGGACGCGGGCCGCGUCCUCUGGGAAACGCACGGUUCGGACGACAAGACCUAUACAUUUGACAUCUCGACGAAAACUUGGGCUCGCUAUGUCGACCUUGAGGGUGUACGGUAUAUUAGGUGUAUCACAAACCAGCGAGACACGCCUGAUCAACAAGCACCCGUCGCCUCUGAGCUCACACUACUGCAUACGCCUCUCCCGGAUGACGCCGUAGAUACCAUGUACAUCGUCGAGGAUCACCUAGGCGUCCGCAACAUCAUGUUUACCUCCUCGCUCACCACUUCAGAGGUUCAUCAUAACUAUGACGGGGCCAAUAUUUGGUGGAAAAGUCUCAGGAUCAUCCCGGGCACCAGAUUCAAGUGCUAUACUGAUGUAUGA